AUGGCAUCCCCCCUUUGGUUGCGCGCGUUGCACAAGACUCUGAACGAGCAUGACAAAGUCAGCGUAUUCCAACUUGCUACGUUCGACGCACAGAACGUACCCCACGCGCGUUCACAAAUAUACAGGACCACCUUUACACCCCAAUCGCACCCCAAUUACCCGCUAUUGAUAUCUUCCACCGACAUCCGGACGCCGAAGGUUUCCGAACUCAUCUCCAAUCCGACUAAUCCCUCGUCGUCCUCGGAGAUGUGCUGGUGGAUUGACAAGACAUCCGAGCAAUUCCGCAUAACCUCCAGGACCUACGUAAUCCCUUCCCCUUCCCACCCUUUCUACGCGAGAUUCGACUGGAAAGCGUCGCCCGGGAUGAAGGCACUCGUGGAGGAAGACAACGUCGACUGGGAAGCCGAACGGAAGGAGAUCUAUGAGUCUAUGUCCGGGCACAUGAAGGCGUCCUGGCUGCGCCCUCCUCCAGGCAGCGUGCUCGAGGGCGGGUACGAAGAGUCGAAGAAGUGGGUGGAGAAGGUACCGAAGUGGGACGAGGCUAAGAACGAGGAGGAGCGGGCGUUAUGGGAGAAGGCAUUUAGCAACUUCGCACUGAUGGUCAUGGAGCCCGUCAGAGUGGACUAUCUCGAGAUGGGCAUCGUGCCGAACAGGAGAAGGGUCUAUACGCGGAAGGAUGACGGUCAGUGGGUCGAGGAAGUGGUUGUACCUUGAGUAUCAGGACAGAGUAUAUCGAUAACUUAUCCGGUUACUAGAAUUGUAUUUUCUCGUAGUGAGGAGGGGAUUCCAUGUAGAAUAAUCUGUAGUAUGUAUUUUGUAUAGCAAUUUGGGUGAGCACC